AUGCAAUUCUCUGAAACCCCACCACCACCCUUGCACCAAAUCACUCACUUAUCAAACUUACUAACCAUGAACAAGAACCAGCUCCACCGGACUCGGCCAUGGCCGGGUUUUCCAACUUCCAAAGCUUUUGGCAAUUUUGGUGACGCCAACUGCAUGGAGCAGCUCCUGGUUCACUGUGCCAACGCCAUCGAUUCCAACGACGCCACUCUCGCACAGCAAAUCCUCUGGGUACUCAACAACAUUGCACCGCCGGACGGUGACUCCAACCAGCGCCUCACGUGCGCAUUUCUCCGAGCACUUAUCGCCCGCGCCGCCAAGACUGGAUCCUGCACCAUGCUGGCAGCCGCCAUGGCCAACGCGCACAGCUGUAACCUCGCCACUGACACCCACAAAUUCUCCGUCAUCGAGCUUGCUAGCUUCGUCGACUUAACCCCGUGGCAUCGAUUCGGCUUCACCGCAGCCAAUGCGGCAAUUCUUGACGCCGUUGAAGGGUACGCCGCUAUUCACAUUGUCGAUUUGAGCUUGACACAUUGCAUGCAAAUCCCUACUUUGCUCGACGCCAUUGCCAAUCGGCUAGAGGGUCCGCCAUUGGUGAAGCUCACCGUCGCGGGUGGGAUAGAGGAUGUUCCGCCGCCUAUGCUUGACCUCUCCUACGAAGAAUUAGGGUCAAAAUUGGUUAACUUCGCAAGGUCCCGCAACAUAAUGCUGGAGUUCCGAGCCAUUCCGUCGAGUUACACAGACGGCUACUCAGCUCUGAUCGAGCAACUCAGAGUGCAACAUUUGUUAUACCCAGAAAGCAACGAGGCUUUGGUUAUAAACUGCCAUAUGAUGCUUCACUACAUAGCAGAAGAAACUCUUUCUCCAUUGAUCAGUCCCAACACCACGAACCCAACUACUGCAACAUCACUGCGAACAAUUUUUCUGAAAGAACUCCGAGGGUUAGACCCCACAGUCGUCGUCGUCGUCGAUGAAGACGCAGAUUUCACAUCAAAUAACCUCGUGUGCAGACUAAGGUCCGCUUUCAACUAUAUGUGGAUUCCAUACGACACCAUUGACACGUUUCUUCCUCGCGGCAGUAAACACAGGCAAUGGUACGAAGCUGAUAUAUGCUGGAAGAUUGAGAAUGUGAUCGCGCACGAGGGUUUGCAGAGGGUGGAGAGGGUGGAACCUAAGAGCCGGUGGGUGCAGAGAAUGAGAAAUGCAAGUUUUAGAGGGCUUGGGUUCGGGGAAGAGGCGGUGUCGGAGGUGAAAACCAUGCUUGACGAGCAUGCAGCUGGGUGGGGAUUGAAGAGGGAAGAGGACGAUCUUGUGCUCACAUGGAAAGGACACAAUGUUGUAUUUGCUACUGUUUGGGUUCCUACCUGA